AUGGCCGAAGUGGAGCAGAAGAAGAAGCGGACCUUCUGCAAGUUCACCUACUGCAGCGUGGACCUGGACCAGCUGCUGGACAUGUCUUAUGAGCAGCAGAUACAGCUCUACAGCGCCCAGCAGAGGCAAUGCCUCAACCACAGCCCAAGGCAGAAGCAGCACUCGUUGCUCAAGAGCCUGAGGAAGGCCAAGAAGGAGGCCCCACCCAUGGAGAAGCCCAAGAUGGUGAAGACCUACCUGCAGGACAUGAUCAUCCUGCCCGAGAUGGUGGGGAGCAUGGUGGGCGUGUACAAAGGCAAGACCUUUAACCAUGUGGAGAUCGAGCCUGAGAUGAUUGGCCACUACCUGGGCGAGUUCUCCAUUACCUACAAGUCUGUGAAACACAGCCGGCCUGGCAUUGGUGCCACCAACUUCUACCACUUCAUACCCCUCAAGUAG